AUGGAUAUCUCCAUAAAAAACGAAAAACAUUUUGAGUCAUUAAAUCGAGGAAAAGAUAUUUCUUUGAUUCGAAACUUAACAUUCCAAUCAAUCAAUCAAAUCUCAUUACUUUGGAAAAUGUGUGAACCUUCACGUAUUUUGAACGAUACAUUGCCAAUUAUGUCAGACUCCAAAUCAAAAAUAUCACCUACAUUUGAACUAUUUGAAAAAAUUGAUCAAAACUCUACAAUGUUUGCCGAUCAUAUAGUAAAAAGUAAGGUAUUCAUUUGGGAAAGCAACGUAAUAUGUUCGACAAAAGACUUGAUGCUAAACGUCAAAACAAAAGAAAAUAAAAGCAUAUCAUUAAACAAUUUGGAUCCAGAAGCACCAACUAAUGAGAAUGUUGUCAAUGAUGACCAAGUGUCUGAUACUCCCAUUGAAAAGGAUGUAAAUAUUAAUUUAGAUCCCAACACUUACCCCGAUUCUAAGCAAAUGCAAGAUGAAGGCUACACAUUUUUUUGGGAUGAAUCAUUACAUGUUCCCAAAGAUGGAAAAGUGUCUGAUACUCCCAUUAAAGAGGAUGUAAAUAUUAAUUUAGAUCCCAACUCUUACCCCGAUUCUAAGCAAAUGCAAGAUGAAGGCUACACAUUUUUUUGGGAUGAAUCAUUACAUGUUCCCAAAGAUGGAAAAGUGUCUGAUACUCCCAUUAAAGAGGAUGUAAAUAUUAAUUUAGAUCCCAACUCUUACCCCGAUUCAAAACAAAUGCAAGAUGAAGGCUACACAUUUUUUUGGGAUGAAUCAUUACAUGUUCCCAAAGAUGGAAAAGUGCCUGAUGCUUCCACUAAGAAGAAUGUAAAUAUCUUUAUAGAUCCCAACUCUUACCCCGAUUCUAAGCAAAUGCAAGAUGAAGGCUACACAUUUUUUUGGGAUGAAUCAUUACAUGUUCCCAAAGAUGGAAAAGUGUCUGAUACUCCCAUUAAAGAGGAUGUAAAUAUUAAUUUAGAUCCCAACUCUUACCCCGAUUCUAAGCAAAUACAAGAUGAAGGCUACAUAUUUUUUUGGGAUGAAUCAUUACAUGUUCCCAAAGAUGGAAAAGUGUCUGAUACUCCCAUUAAAGAGGAUGUAAAUAUUAAUUUAGAUCCCAACUCUUACCCCGAUUCUAAGCAAAUGCAAGAUGAAGGCUACACAUUUUUUUGGGAUGAAUCAUUACAUGUUCCCAAAGAUGGAAAAGUGUCUGAUACUCCCAUUAAAGAGGAUGUAAAUAUUAAUUUAGAUCCCAACUCUUACCCCGAUUCUAAGCAAAUGCAAGAUGAAGGCUACACAUUUUUUUGGGAUGAAUCAUUACAUGUUCCCAAAGAUGGAAAAGUGUCUGAUGCUCCCAUUAAAGAGGAUGUAAAUAUUAAUUUAGAUCCCAACUCUUACCCCGAUUCUAAGCAAAUGCAAGAUGAAGGCUACACAUUUUUUUGGGAUGAAUCAUUACAUGUUCCCAAAGAUGGAAAAGUGUCUGAUGCUCCCACUAAAGAGGAUGUAAAUAUUAAUUUAGAUCCCAACUCUUACCCCGAUUCUAAGCAAAUGCAAGAUGAAGGCUACACAUUUUUUUGGGAUGAAUCAUUACAUGUUCCCAAAGAUGGAAAAGUGUCUGAUGCUCCCACUAAGAAGAAUGUAAAUAUCUUUAUAGAUCCCAACUCUUACCCCGAUUCUAAGCAAAUGCAAGAUGAAGGCUACACAUUUUUUUGGGAUGAAUCAUUACAUGUUCCCAAAGAUGGAAAAGUGUCUGAUGCUCCCACUAAGAAGAAUGUAAAUAUCUUUAUAGAUCCCAACUAUUACCCCGAUUCAAAGCAAAUGCAAGAUGAAGGCUACACAUUUUUUUGGGAUGAAUCAUUACAUGUUCCCAAAGAUGACCAAGUGUCUGAUACUCCCACUAAGAAGAAUGUAAAUAUCUUUAUAGAUCCCAACUCUUACCCCGAUUCUAAGCAAAUGCAAGAUGAAGGCUACACAUUUUUUUGGGAUGAAUCAUUACAUGUUCCCAAAGAUGGAAAAGUGUCUGAUACUCCCAUUAAAGAGGAUGUAAAUAUUAAUUUAGAUCCCAACUCUUACCCCGAUUCUAAGCAAAUGCAAGAUGAAGAUCCCAACUCUUACCCCGAUUCAAAGCAAAUGAAAGAUGAAGGCUACAUAUUUUUUUGGGAUGAAUCAUUACACGUUCCCAAAGAUGACCUAGUGUCUGAUACUCCCAUUAAGGAAAUGAUGCUAAACGUUAAAACAAAAGAAAAUAAAAGCAUAUCAUUAAACAAUUUGGAUCCAGAAGCACCAACUAAUGAGAAUGUAGUCAAUGAUGACCAAGUGUGUGAUACUCCCAUUGAAAUGGAUGUAAAUAUUAAUUUAGAUCCCAACUCUUUCCCCGAAUCAAAGACUAUAAUAGGUGAGACAAAAGAAUUGAUGCUAAACGCCAAUACAAAAGAAAAUAAAAGCAUAUCUUUAAACAAUUUGGAGCCAGAAGCACCAACUAAUGAGAAUGUUGUCAAUGAUGACCAAGUGUCUGAUGCUCCCAAUAAGGAGAAUAUUCAACAAAUAUCACGUAAAAAGAAUACUAAUAUAAGAUAUAUAUUAGCUUAA